GCGGCAGUAGGAGUGGGCGAGAGACGGGCCGGGCCGGGCCGGGGACGGGACCCGCCAUGUGAGAGGCCCUGACAGCCCCAGUUCUAACCUAACUGGGGCGCUGGGCUCUGCUGCCGAAGUGCUUGGGGACCGGUGGCGUUAUUGCCAGAAGCUGGUGGACUCUGCAGCUGCUGCUGUUUCGUUAGAGGAGUUUGAAGUUCUAGUUCACCCUCACUUGCUGCAACUGCGAAGGCCCUUCAAAAUCUUUGCAGACAUGCGUAGCGUAUAUGCUAGAUUUAUUUAAAUAUAAGCCAGAAUUGCACGUGGGCUUGAAGUCUGAACUGCUUUGUAAACGCUAACAUAGAAGACCUAAAUUAUUUGAUGAAAAUGCAUGCAGUGCAUCAGAACAAAAAAUGAUGUUGUGUCACCUGUAGUGUAACUGUUAUUCUUUGCUCUUGGAAUCGGGAUGAGCCUGUGCUUGAACGACUUCUUUACUUUAAUGACAGCUACAAAAUGUUCAGUCUAUUGAAAGGAAGAGAAUCACGGACUGGAUUACAUUUUACAUCAGUAGAAAUGGACAGCAGCAGUUUCAUUCAGUUUGAUGUGCCUGAGUACAGCAACACUGUUCUGAGCCAAUUAAAUGAACUCCGCUUGCAAGGAAAGCUAUGUGACAUAAUUGUGCAUAUUCAGGGUCAGCCAUUUCGAGCCCAUAAAGCAGUCCUAGCUGCCAGUUCUCCAUAUUUCCGUGACCAUUCAGCAUUAAGCACCAUGAGUGGCUUAUCAAUAUCAGUUAUUAAAAAUCCCAAUGUUUUUGAACAGUUGCUUUCAUUUUGUUACACUGGAAGGAUGUCCUUACAGCUGAAGGAUGUUGUUAGUUUUCUAACUGCAGCUAGUUUUCUACAGAUGCAGUGUGUCAUUGAUAAAUGCACACAAAUACUGGAGAGUAUUCAUUCAAAGAUCAGCGUUGGCGAUGUUGACUCUGUCACUGUUGGUGCUGAAGAAAAUUCAGAAAAUCGUAACGGAGUUAAAGACAACAGCUACUUUGCCAAUCCUAUUGAGAUAUCUCCCCCCUAUUGCUCUCAGGUGCGACAGUCAACAGCAGGCAGCGAUCUUAGGAUGGAAACUACUCCAGGCAAAACUCUACGUAGUCGUCUGCAAGAAGAAGGGCAUUCAGAUCGAGGAAGCAGUGGGAGUAUCUCUGAGUACGAGAUUCAGAUUGAAGGUGAUCAUGAGCAAGGAGACCUGAUAGUAAGGGAAAGUCAAAUUGCAGAGGUGAAAGUUAAAAUGGAAAAGUCUGACAGGCCAAGUUGCUCCGAUAGUUCUUCCCUUGGUGAUGAUGGAUAUCAUACUGAAAUGGUGGAUGGAGAGCAAGUGGUGGCAGUAAACGUUGGUUCCUAUGGGUCUGUGUUACAACAUGUUUAUUCAUUUACUCAUGCCUCAUCGCAGGCUACAGGAGUGUCUGAAACCUUUGGAAGCCUAAGCAGUUCAAGUCCUUCAAGGUCUAUGCUGAGCUGUUUCAGAGGGGGGCGUGCACGCCAAAAACGAGUAUCCACUGGUCACUUGCAUAGUGAUGUUCAGGGUCUGGUGCAAGGGGCUGACAGUGAAACCAUGGUGAGCAACCCAGGAUAUGAAAAUAGUCCACGGGAAAGAAAUGCAAGAGGUCAUUGGUAUCCAUACAGUGAGAGACUAAUUUGUAUCUACUGUGGAAAGUCUUUCAACCAGAAAGGGAGCCUUGAUCGACACAUGCGAUUGCACAUGGGAAUAACUCCUUUUGUGUGCAAGUUUUGUGGGAAGAAAUAUACCCGCAAGGACCAACUUGAGUAUCAUAUUCGUGGCCACACAGAUGACAAGCCCUUUCGCUGUGAGAUCUGUGGAAAAUGUUUUCCUUUCCAGGGUACGCUAAACCAGCAUUUGCGAAAGAAUCACCCUGGGGUAACAGAAGUACGAAACAGGGUAGAGUCUCCAGACAGAACAGAGGCAUUUGUGGAACAGAAAGUAGAUAAUGAUGCUUCAGCUUCUGAAGCUAUGGAUUCUAGUUUGGACAUUCAUGCAAUGUCUAACACAUCUGAUUAAAAUACUACAUUAAGUGCAACCCAAACAAGCACAUUAAUAAUACUUUUUAAAAAUUUUUUAUUCUUUUAGUAAUCUUCAGUACAACAGCCUGGAGAAGACUACAUAAAUGUUUGUUGUUUGUGAAGGAGGCUGUUUUUUGGUUUGUUUAUUUUCUCUUUCUUUUUCUUCUGAAGAUGCUCAAAAUACAAAAGACAGUGUACUGGGGAAGGGAUAGGAAAAGUCUGCAAAAGUGUCCCUAUUGUUUUAUCUGGCAAGACACAAUUUCUAGCAGAGAAAGAUGUUAAAAUAAGAUCGGCAGCUCUGCUGGAUAUACCAAGAAGCUGUAGUCUCCCUCAUUUUAUUUCCUUAAUCCUGUUGCUGGUAAUGAGGGUUAUGCAGGACUAGCGGGGGAGAGAGUAUAUCCAUUUGAUUCUUCCCAUGCAUCACAAUGGAUUCUGUUCACUUUUUACUAACUGUUUCUGGUAGUUAGUCUGUUUAUAUAUAUAAAAUUGCUUUAUAUAUAUAAAAUGCUUUCACUUUUCCUAUUCUGGUUGAGGUGAAUGUAAAAGUAUGUCAAGGGUUAUAUUAUGUACCAGUUUUUCAACUGCUAGGUCUUCUCUCUGCCUAGGAUUUAGGACUCUGGACUUUGGGAGGAUGCUUUCGGUUUUUAGAAGAAUAUUUGGUUUUUAUUUUAUUAAACUAUUACUUUGUGUGCAAAAGUGAGCAAAGUGAAUUACCUUGUUUUAAUAGCUUUGCUUUAUAACAUAGGUAAACCAAAUGCCAUAAAUCUAUUAAAUUAUGGUUAAAUUGUUUGGGUUUUUAUUAGUUGUCUAGAACACAAGCUGGACAACCUGUGGUGCUGACCUUUUUUAUAUAUAUAGAGAUAGAUAUAGAUCUAUAUAUAUAUAUAUGUAAAAAAAAAAAUACUAUUAGCAAACCUAAAAGUAGCAUUGUGGUUUUAAAUGUGUUUUUACUGGCCUCAGAAUCUACCUUCAUUUCGUACUGUAGAAACAUACCAGGUAACUAAAUUUAACUUCAUCACCCUUUAUGGUUGGCUAAUACUAACCUGAAAGGGAUGUUGUAGUUUAAUCUACAGUACUUCCAAGCAGUGUUGUAAUGGGUCUCUUCACAGAGAGCUGUUUUCAGGUGCACAUUGACUUCCUACUUACAGCUCCAAGUGAUAUGUCAGCACUUGGAAUUUGUAUUUUUUGUAUAAAAAACAUACUCUAUGGGAAUUGCGAGCAAUAUGUCUGUUAUUUCAUGUGUUAGUAUUACAAAGAGUUGCUAUGGCUUCCCAAUUAUUUCAGUGGUUGUUUUCUGUAUAAAGAAACCAACAACAACUUUAAAAGUACUUUAAAUCUUUCUGUUUCAUUGAUUUUUUUUUAAUAUGGUGCUAACUUCAUCAUUUAGGUCAGUAUAAUAUAUAAAAUGUGAAACCUAAUGGUAACAGUGAAACAAAAGCAAAAAAUGAAAUAAAAUAGAACAAUAGCUUAUGAGACCUCAAAAGCAUGAGCUGGCAAACACUACUGUGUAAAAUUCUACCUGAUAAGCAAAAUUAAGUUAAUCACAUACUUCUUUAAAAUACAGAGGAACUACGCUUUAUAUAAUUGGCCCUUAUGUUUGUUUAGCAAAUAUUGAAAAUACGUCUGUGAAUAUGUUGUUUGACUCCUGAAAUUUAGAAAGUAAAAGCUCAUUCCUAAAUUACAGGAAAGCAAAAAGGUAGGUUUACUAUCUUGUAAUGCUUUUUGGGCUCCUGUAGCUCAAAUUGCUAUAUGUAGAUUUUAAAAACACUUUUCAGGCCCUCCGCCCAUGAAGUUGGGGCAUAUUUGUGCAGUUUAUAAAGCAGCAGCUACUGCUUUAUAAAAUACACUAGUUCUUAAUGUUGUGACAGUCUGCAAUACAGAUUAAUUUUAAUAAAGAUUUACAGUAUAAACCCAGCUUGCUCCAUAGGAGCAGUUUCAGUUAAAUUGAGUACCUAAUUUGCCUUUUCCUCCUAAA